AUGACUGUUCAAGUUCACAAAGUUGUUCACGAAGCUAACGGUGUCACUCCAAGACCAACCCCAAAGGAAUUCUACGAAAGACAACCAAACCAAAGUGCUAUCAAGGAUUUAGACCACUACCGUGAAUUAUAUCAACAAUCCAUCGAAGAUCCAGAAAAAUUCUUUGGUGAUGCCGCCAAGGAGUUUUUAUCUUGGGAUCGUGAUUUCUCUAAAGUUAAAUCAGGUACUUUACAAGGUGGUGAUCCAGCUUGGUUCUUGGGUGGAGAAUUAAAUGCCUCUUACAACUGUGUUGAUAGACAUGCUUUUGCCAACCCAAACAAACCAGCUAUCAUCUAUGAAGCUGACGAAGAAAAAGAUUCUUAUAUCUUAACCUAUGGAGAUUUAUUAAGAGAAGUUUCCAAGGUUGCCGGUGUCUUGAAGUCCUGGGGUAUCAAGAAGGGUGAUACUGUUGCCGUUUACUUACCAAUGAAUGCUCAUGCCAUUAUUGCUGUUUUAGCUAUUGCCAGAGUUGGUGCUAUUCACUCAGUCAUAUUUGCUGGUUUCUCCUCUGGUUCCAUUAGAGACAGAGUCAAUGAUGCUUCUUGUAAGGCUUUAAUCACCUGUGAUGAAGGUAGAAGAGGUGGUAGAACCGUUAACAUCAAGAAGUUAUGUGAUGAAGCUCUUCUUGACUGUCCAUCUGUUGAAAAAGUUUUAGUUCACAAGAGAACUGGUAACCCAGAAAUCAAAUUAGUUCAAGGUAGAGAUUACUACUGGGAUGCUGAAACUGCCAAGUUCCCAGGUUACGUUGCCCCAACUCCAGUCAACUCCGAAGAUCCAUUAUUCUUGUUAUAUACCUCUGGUUCUACUGGUACUCCAAAGGGUGUUGUUCAUUCUACUGCUGGUUUCUUAUUAGGUACUGCCAUGACCUCCCGUUAUGUGUUUGACAUUCAACCUGAAGAUAUCGUUUUCACUGCUGGUGAUGUCGGUUGGAUUACCGGUCACUCUUAUGCCGUUUACGGUCCAUUAGUUCUUGGUGUUCCAACUGUUGUUUUCGAAGGUACUCCAGCCUACCCAGAUUAUGGUAGAUUCUGGCAAAUUGUUGAAAAGCACAAGGCUACUCACUUCUAUGUUGCUCCAACCGCUCUUAGAUUAUUGCGUAAGUCUGGUGAACAAGAGCUUGCCAAGUAUGAUAUCAGUUCCUUAAGAACCUUGGGUUCCGUUGGUGAACCAAUUUCUCCAGAUAUUUGGGAAUGGUACAAUGAAUUUGUCGGUAAGGGCCAAUGUCAUAUUGCUGAUACUUAUUGGCAAACUGAAUCUGGUGCUCAUUUAAUUGCUCCAAUUGCUGGUGUUAUUCCAAACAAGCCAGGUUCUGCUUCCUUACCAUUCUUUGGUAUUAAGACUGCCUUGAUUGACCCAGUUUCCGGUGUUGAAAUUGAAGGUAACGAUGUUGAAGGUGUUUUGGUUGUUAAGGAUCACUGGCCAUCUAUUGCCAGAACCGUUUACAAGAACCACGGUAAAUACAUGGACACCUACAUGAAUGUCUACCCAGGUUACUACUUCUCUGGUGAUGGUGCUGCUAGAGAUAAUGAUGGUUACUACUGGAUCAGAGGAAGAGUUGAUGACGUUGUCAAUGUCAGUGGUCACAGAUUAUCUACUGCUGAAAUUGAAGCUGCUUUAAUUGAACAUCACGGUGUUUCUGAAGCUGCUGUUGUUGGUAUCAAUGAUGAUCUUACCGGUCAAGCCGUUAUUGCUUAUGUUGCCCUUAAAGAUGAAGUAAGCUCCAAGAUUGCCGAUGUGGAAGAAGCUACCUUGUUGAGAAAGGAAUUGAUUUUACAAGUUAGAUCCACCAUUGGUCCAUUUGCAGCACCAAAAUCUGUGAUUAUUGUUGCUGAUUUACCAAAGACCAGAUCCGGUAAGAUUAUGAGAAGAAUCUUGAGAAAGGUUUCCUCAUAUGAAGCUGAUCAAUUGGGUGAUAUUACUACUUUGUCUAACCCACAAUCUGUCCAAGGUGUCAUUACCGCAUUUGAAUCCCAAUUCGGUAAGAAGUAA